UUUGCCAACGAAUAGCUGAUCGUAAAAGCAAUCAAAUACUAAUCGGUAACAAGGUGAGAAGCAUGGCUCAAAUAAAACCGCUGCCCGAAGCAUUGCAAAAGAAUGCCAACGAAGAAUUGGGAGAAGUUCCAGAGAGGAUCCCUCAGGAUUUAGCAGCCUUCAAGGCAUGGAUUAUACAGCAACCACAUUUAAGAGCUCGUACCGAUGAUCAAUUUCUGAUACAAUUUCUCAGAGGCUGCAAGUAUAGCCUGGAGAAGGCGAAGCGUAAAAUCGAUUUGUUUUAUGCCUAUAAGACUAAGUAUCCCGAAUUAUUUGUUGUUAGUGAUGUCGACAGUGCGCAAUUUCGGAAACUUCACAGCACGGGCUUUUAUGCACUUUUGCCUAAGCCCCUACAUGAAAAUGGUGCCCGCAUUGCAGUUGUUCGGUUAAAUUUCUCUUCACAAGAAUUCAAUACCAUCGAAGCGAUGCGAUAUUGCGAAGCCAUGCUGGAAAUGAUGCUGAUGAAUGACCCCUACGCCUGUAUUAAUGGUUUAGUAGCUGUAAUGGAUUUAUCUGCAGCCACGACUACCCAUCUUAUGCAAGUCUCUAUUAAUGUGGCCAAACAAUUUGGCGAUUUCUACGAGAAAGCAUUACCUAUACGCCUUAAGACAUUGAUUUUCAUAAAUAUUAGCAAGCAUGUACAUCAUAUUCUCAAAAUGUUGUUGCCAUGCUUGCCGGAAAAAUUAAAAAGCAGAAUUGUUAUAUGUGAUACAAAUUUUGAGAAUUUGGAGAAAAGCCUACCUAGACAAUACUUGCCUAUAGAAAAUGGUGGUGAAAAUGGUUCCAUCGAUCAGUGGCACAUUGAAAACGGCAAACUGUGGGAUGAGAAUCGAGACUUCUUUAAGGAGAAUGUACAAUAUGGCACCGAUGAACACCUUCGCAUUGGCAAAAACCCAUACUUCAAUGAUGACCUGGGUAUUGAGGGAACAUUUCGAAAACUGGAUGUGGAUUAAACAGAUUGUAGCGAAAUGCAACACUCCAAAGAUAAAAUAAAAUUAAUAAUAUAACAUGCAACAACAAGAAAAAGAAAAUAAAUGUCAAAGUUGAAAUUUAA